AUGGCGCGGUUGGCGCCAGUCCUUGCCAUUUGUAGUUUCCACUCGCAGAAGCAACCGGACAUGGCACAGCCACCAGAGCAGCAGCGCGUGGCCAUCGUCGGCAUGAGCUGCCGCCUGCCGGGCAACCUCGACGACGUAUGCAAGUUGGUGCAGGGCUUGCAGCUGAACGGGGACUUUCUCACACCGCCUUCACGGCCUGGCUUCGACUCGGACUUCGGGGCUUUUGAGCUGCCGCACUUGGGCGGCUUCAUCGAUCUGCCUGGCUCGGCGCGCUUUCGGGCCUUCAAUAAGCCCGCUGCCGCGGAAAAGGUCACGGACCCACAGCAGCUUCUGGCAAUCGAGAUGGCCUUUCAGGCCUCGGACACCGCUGGGUUUUUGGGGCGUGCUGACAUUUCGGUAACUUGCGGCUCCAUGAACCUGGAUUCCAACCUCCUGUGGACACCGGAAAGCUGCAGCGCCUUCACUGCGGCCGGAAACGCCUCUUCCAUGAUCAGUGGAAGUGUCGCGUACGCCUUGGACUUCCGGGGCGAGUGCCGCAACGUGGACACUGCCUGCGCUUCAGGAUUGACAGCCGUGGCGUUGGCUGCCACAUCCCUGUUCAAGAGCCCGGUCUGUGAGGGUUGUGCGGAGGGCGCUGUGGCACUAGGAGUGAAUGCCAUCCUGAGUCCCAAGAUCACUGUGGCCUUGGCCAAGGCCAAAAUGAUCUCUGAGCGUUGCCUUUCCUUCCACCAGGACGCCAAGGGCUAUGCUCGGGCGGAGGGCGCCGCGGCCGUGGCGCUUCAGAGGACCUGCUCGGCAUCGUAUGCGGACCUGCUCGGUGUGGCAACCAACAGCGAUGGCCGCUCGGUGACGCCGAUCACCAGGCCUUCGGCAGAGCAGCAGCUGCGGUGCAUGCGGCAGGUUUGGGGCGACUCCGAAUUCGAGGGGCCCGGGGCCGUGGAAUGCCAUGCCACCGGCACGCCCACGGGGGACCCCGUCGAAGCCCAAAGUGUUUCCGCAGCUUUCGCCCAGACCGCCUCAGUUGCUUUGGGCGCGCUCAAGUGCAACAUUGGUCACACAGAGAGCGCUGCUGGCGUGGCCGCGCUCCUCAAGCUCACGCAGGUGAUCCGCUUGGGAAGCAUGAUGCCACAUGGGGCUGGGCAUUGGAGCGGGGACAAGAGCAUCAACAUAGACCACCAUUUGGUCUUGGCCGCGGAAUCCCAGCCUCUCCCCAACCUGAAGGCUGCCGGCGUGAAUUGCUUUGGCUUUUCAGGCACCAACGUGCACGCGCGUGUGGUGCCUGCGAUCCAGCAGGACACGUCGCGAGCCUUUUACCCAGUGGCCAGCUUUGGAACCGUAGCUGCCGGUGAUGGCGCUGGCGCUCGCGCCUUGCUCUUGUCAGCUGCGACUCCAGAAGAUCUCCAGGCAGCCAAGGAGUCCUUGUGCCAGGAGCUGUCUUCCUUGGAGCUGGAUGCUGACGGGUGGGCCCAGAUCUGCCGCCAGUCCACAUGGAAGGGCCACGUGCCAGGCCAAACUGUCCGGCAAGCCUUCAUGGGCACCAGGCCUGAGAUCUUGCAGCAGCUGUGUAACGACCACCAUCCAGGCGAGACCUCGCCCUGCAAGGUGGUGCUGGUCAUGCCGGGCAACGGCUGCCAAACCCCCUGCAUGCUAAAAAAUCUUACAAUGCUUUGCCCGGCUGCCAAGCGGGCAGUCGGGUCAAUUGAGGAGGCCCUGACUGACAGGGGCGCGGGAGAAGCCUUGCGCCUGCUGCAGGCGCUGCAGGGGGAGGAGUCUGAGAUCCAGAAGAUCUUGGAGGGGGAGGAGCAGAUGCUCGCCCAGCAGCUGCUUUUAUUUGCCUAUUCUUGGGCUGCGGCCGAAGUGCUGCGGGCCGCCGGGCUACAGGCGGAUGCAGUGUUGGGCCACAGUGCUGGGGAGCUGCCCUGCGCGUGGCUGGCUGGCGCCCUUGACGCUGCUGCAGCUGUCCACCUGUUGCUCUGCAAGUUGAGGCGACAGGUGCCUGGCGCAGAAGGGGCUCUGGGGACCAUGGCGGUGGUGAGGCGAAGUCCGGUGGAGGAGGUGCAGGCCAUCCUCAAGGAGUUCAACCGUGUCAAGCCCGCCAGGGAGCAGGUACACAUUGCAGCAUUUAACAGCAACGUCUGCUGCACGCUGAGCGGCGUGCAGGAGAGCCUGAGUUCAGUCAAGGAGAUGGUGGAGCAGCGGUGGGUUGGGUCUUGGAAGGACUUGGCUUUGCCAGCUGCGUACCACCACCCAGAGCUCUGCAAGGAUGUGGCGGAGCAGUUUGAGCAGGAGUUUGCCAGUGCCCCCAACACGAUGCCAAGGGAGAGGCAAGAUGUGCACUUGCCGGUCUUCUAUUCCACAGUCCUGGGAAGAAAGGCCGAGGUGGACGAGCUUACGACAGAGUAUUGGAAGAGCCACACCUUGCAGCCGGUGAGAUUCAGGGAUGCGGUGCAAGAACUUCUGCGAGAUAUGGGUGGAGAAGUUGUGCUGGUGGAGCUGGUAAAGCAAAACAAAGGCCACCUUCAAUCCAUCGCGCAGGAGGCUCAAGCCAGCAGCCGUGUCCGGGUGAUUUCGGCUCAGGGGGUUGUCGAGGUGGCUGCUGAGCUGUGGCAGCUUGGUCAUCUGGACCUGAAGCCGGACAUUUUCGGCUUUGGCCCCGAGGGCUCCGAGCGCGUCGAGCUGAAACAUUUGCCCUGCGCGUGCUUUGCGCCUGAAGGCCCUGCGGCGAGCGAGGCAGCCGACGGCCGAGGCAAGAUUCCGAGCUUGAGCGACAUUCACGAGCGCAGCAGCCUGGACGGCUGGCGCAGGGGCAGUGUGCCUAAAGACAACACCGUUGAAGACGGCAAUGGCGCUGUCCGGGAGAUCCGCCUUGACACCCACAGCCACCCGCUGCUGCGGCAACAUGUGCGGAAAGGAAAGUUGUUGCUGCCGGGGGCCUGCUUCCUUCAACUGGUGCUGCAGCAGCAACAGCAGCCUUCUGCCAGCUUUUCCUUCGUGAAGUUCACCAGGCCGUGCCAUUUCGAGAAGGAAAUCACCUUGAGGCUAAAGUUUGCAGAAGGAGGUUUUAUAUUCAAGAGCCAAGAUGACCAGAGCCAUUUUGCGGAAGGCAUGCUGGCCGAGGCUGAGCCCCAGGACAGCGGCGUCUGGCUCAGCAAAUUACGGGAGCUGCAGCUUGCCCCAGAACCACGAGAAAGCUUCCUUGCGAAGUGGCUUCGUGCCUGCGCCCGGCGGGCUCCACGCGCGUCGCGCCUCAGCUGCGAGCAAGUCCUGAAACUUCUGGCCCAGGGGGGCUUGGUCUAUGGCAGGGACUUGGCCGCGACUGGAGACUUGGCCGUGGUGGGGAACUUUGCCUUUGGCAAGGUGAGUGCAAAAAUGGAUGACAUGAGUCCGAUGGUCUUCUUGGACAAAGCCUUCCAGCUGAGCUUGGGCUUCUGCUUGUCGCGGCUGCCAGAAGCUCAGGCGACCCAUGGCGCCGUGCCCACGCAAGUGGAACAACUCACCAUCUUCAACAAGGACCUCCUUAAGAACUCUCCCCACCUUGACUUUGUGAUCGAGGCCAAGCCGGGCUUUUUCGGUUCGGCCAUUUGCGCCUCCUUCGCGUUGGUGUGUGAGGAUGGCACCAUCGUGGCGGAGGUUCGCAAUGUCUGGGGCAAACUUCUACGUUCAUCCGCGACGUGUCUGUCCCAGUUGCUGUGGAACAUCCGCCCGGUCGAGCUCACGCCAGUCCCACCGCAGCAGGUCGCUGAGCAGAAGUUCCUGGCUUUCGUCUCCGAGAACUCUGUGGUGGCAGAGCUGAUGACGAAGAACAUCCUGAAGACCAGCCAGGUGCGGUGCAUUACUCCGGCAAACAGUCAGCGGAACAUGGCCGAGUGCCUGUCUGAGAAGAACUUGUCCCUGGAGCAAUUUGAUUGCGUCCUCUUCGAGUGGACCGGCGGCGUAGCGCGCCUGGAGGGCGAGUCCGAGCUGCUUCAGCGAGUCCGGCGCUUCAAGGAGCUCGUCCACCUGAUGCGCGGCGCGCUGGCGCAAGGCGCGCGCACGCGGCUGGUGGUCCUCACCAAGCAAAGCCCGCAGUUCAGCCCCUGCAGCCCCAGCUCCAGCCCCGGCUCCGGGAUGUGGGUGUCCAUGUGCAAAAGCUUGGUGAACGAGGGCGAGCCUGGGCGGGGCAAGCUGCAUGUGGUUGAGAUGGCCGACCUUUCGACUGCAAGUGUCAGAGCCUUAGGCAGGGAGACUGCGGCAACAAGGCCUGAAACCGAGAUUCUCAUCAGAGCGGGUGUGCCUCAUCGCUUGGAGCUUUUGCCUCACAACCUCACAUAUGACGCGCUCUUCAAGCACACAGAUGCGGUUCAGAGGGAUGGGGUGUACGUGGUCAUUGGCGGCUGCCGUGUCACUGGCCUGUCAGCUCUGGUCGUCAGGGAGUUGGCGGAUCUGGGCGCUGGGACCGUGGUCGUAGUUGGGAGGAGCAAGGAAGACAAGGACUUUGCUUUGUUCAGGCGAGAAGUGCAGAGCCAGACUGGCACGAGCGUUAUCUCCGUGCAGGCAGACAUUUGCAGCGAAGGGAGCGUUGCAAGGGCUCUGAGUGACAGUGGCAUCAAGGCGUUGCAGGUAAGGGGUGUCUUCCACGGGGCAGCCUGCUUUGAUGGAGACGCCCUCUUCAGUGCAGUUGAGGAAGAUGCCUUCUUCAAGACCAUGGCUCCGAAAGUCCACGGGUCCCUUGUCCUUGAGAAGGAGAGGCAGAGUUGGCCCAACCUGCAAUGGUUUCUAUAUGCCUCGAGCGUGGUAACCGCGCUUGGCAACUUGGGGCAGGUCAGCUAUGCUGGUGCCAACGGAUUCCUCAAUGACAUGUCAGCUUGGCAGGGCGGGAGGUCUGAUAACGGGUGCCGGUUUGGGGCGAUCUGCUACACCGUGCUGGACGGUGUGGGUGUGAUGGCGGACAAAAAGGACCUCCAACGCCAGCUGCAGGAGACGCGUGGCUUUCCUGCGAUCAACGAGGAGACAACGCGCCAGGCGCUGCGAGCCUUCCUGUGGUCUGGGCUGCCGCUGGCUACCGUGGCGACCUUCGACCGGCAGCAGCUGCCGCAGUUGGCGCUGGCCCGCAUCCCCGGCGUGGCCAGCCGCUUCCACACCGUCCUCGGUCGGUUCGGCCUCCCUCCCGGGGCACUCGCGGCCCCAACGGCCCCAGCCCCAGCCCCGAUGGACCCGGCCGCCCUGACAGCCGUCGUUGCCUCAGCCGGCAGCACAACCUCGGGGGCCGAGGCCAAAACCCAAUUUCGAGUGGCAUGUGUGGCCUUCGUGAUCUCGGGUGUCACAUGCCGCUGUUUGCUUUCCGCUUUCAUGCCAGGUAUGGACUCCAUGAUGAGCAUUGACCUCAGCGAGAACAUCUUGCACAAGCUGCUGGACGAGACACUUGAGCCGCUCAGUUUUGUCAUUGCCGUGGCCAACUGGCAGCAUCCGGAGGUGGCGGCGCUACGCACCUCACGGUUUCUGCAGGGGCAGACGUCUGUGGACAGGGGGGAGCAGGUGUGGAUGGAUGGCCCCGAGAAGCGAAGGGCCCCAGUGGAGCUGCUGCUGCUGGUCCUGCAGAAUGCUGCAGCCGCGCAAGAUCAGCGCUUGGGAGCCACGUCGGAGAAGCUGGAGCUGUUGCGGCGGAGCUGCACGGGGGAAGCCAAGCCGUUGGGCCCCAGGAAGAGGCAGCUGUCGGAAGUGAACCUUGAGCCAGCUGGCGAGUCUUCUCCUGGAGGCGCUCCAGACGGACAAGGCCCUGCGCCACACGCUGGCCUUCCAGGUCCAAAGGCCAGACCUGGAGGGGUGCUGUGGCGUGUUCCUCAUUGGCAGUUGGUAAAGCUGAAGCGCUUGCGUGCCUGGCGUUGCCUGAAAACGGCAGCUGGCUCCUUCGCCUGGACAGGCCACGUCACAGACGGGUGGCACUCCCGGAACAUGAGCUUCUGGUCAAAGGAAGCAGCAACUGUGGAGGGCAUGACCGGAGGUGGCGUGUCUGACAAGGACUUGGCAUUCAACCGCAAGGUUCUCCUGCACUUGGCACAGACCCGUGGCAACAGAGGCCGCUUUGUGCGGGCGCUGGAUGUCGGCGCCGGCAUCGGAAGGCUUGCCAAGUACCUGCUCCGCGAGCAUUGUGAUCGGGUAGAUCUGCUAGAGCCUGUGUCUAAGCACCUGGACGUGGCCAUGCGUGAGCUGCACAAACAGACUUGGCCUGGUCAGUUCAUUUGCUCUACGCUUCAAGAUUUCCAAUCCCGCACGCCCUAUGAAUUGGUUUGGUGCCAGUGGGUAUUUAUGUACAUCACAGACUCCGAUGUGGUUCAAUUCCUGAAGAAGAUUGCCACGCGGUAUCUUGCGCCAGGGGGAACCGUUGUGGUCAAGGAAAAUGUCGCACAAUCAGGCAUUGGCUCGUACUUUGAUGACGAAGAAGGGGAACUUUGGCAAGGUGGAGGUGAAGCGAAGUGCGGACCUAUGUCGGUGCUGCGAACCCCAGAGCACUAUGUGAAGCUUUUCACGGAGUCUGGGUUCGAAGUGGCCCAGCGGCGGCGGCAGCUCUUCUCCGACGACGAAAUGUGCCCGCCCCGGCUGAACGGACUAGCGCAGAUGCGAGAUCAGUGGGCUGCCGCCGCUGCCCGCGGUGCUCUCCUGGCGCGCCCGGCGACGCUGCUGGUGGCAGGCCUGGCGCGGGAUGCGGAGGCCGUGCUGCCGGGGCUGCGGCGGAAGCUGGAAGGACUUGCUGAGCACUUCUUCAAAGUCCACUUAAUUCUGGUGGAGAACGACUCUGCAGAUGGCACCCAGAAGUACUUGCGCCGCUGGGCACAGCAGUCCUCACCCAGAUUUACAGUGGAGCCCGUGAUCCUGCGCUUCAGGGAUAGCCAGGAUGUGGGGAAGUAUGGGAACCGUGGUCAACUGAAGUCGAAAGGAUGGGGCCAUGACGGGGUGAAGUUUCUCGCAAAGUUGAGGAACAUCUAUCUUCGCAGGCUGAGGGAGUUCAAGGGCCCUCACUGGAUCUUGAUGAUCGAUGUGGACAUCGGCCACUGGGAGGACUCGCGAAUUCUCGAGGCACUGGGCCACGAGACUCAUUGGCACGUGCUUUGCGCGCACAGCUGGUAUCGGACGGGGGCGCUCUACGACGCCUUUGCGCUUCGGAGCCGCGAGUUGCAGCCCGCGGCGCCGGGGAAGUUUGAGGCGGAGCAAGCGCGCGCCUUCUUCCCCCACGGCCUUUGCGGGCUUCAGGAUAGGUGGGGCGAGAGUUCAAGGACGCUCAUCCCGGUGGACAGCUGCUUUGGCGGGCUGGCAUUAUACAGAGAAGAGCUGUUGACGGAAUUUAAGGACUGCAACUACAGUGAGGAUGUGGAUGACUGCGAGCAUGUGUCCCUACACACCUGCAUCCGAGCAAAAGGAGGGGUUGUGGCCCUGUAUCCGCGACUUGCACCUCGCGCCAGCGCUUCCAACAGCACCUGCUGUGUUGAGACCUGUGAGCAAGCGGAUCGCUUCCCGAUGGCGUUCCUGCCAUUUCAGCCCCAGUUCCAGCAAAGUAGACGGGAUGUUGCUGGGCUGCUGGCGGCAGGCUUGUCUUUCGAAGAGUCCGGGAAGCCUCAAGAAGCCUUGGCCAAGUACAUGGAGGCUGCUACACCGGCUUCCGACCGCUGGGCGGCCCGAGCCUCACUCCUUGCUGCCUUCCUUCUGGUGCAGCACAGGCAUCCGGAUCAAGGGCUCAGGCUCUUGAAGAAUGCAGCGAAGUUGUCGAAGAGCGAUCCCCGCUCGGCCCUGGUGGUGGCCCAUGUCUACGAAGUGCUGGAUGACUUAGAGCAGGCUGGCAAAUGGCUGAGAGCAGUCGAUGCGAAGUGGCCUCCAGCGCUCUUCACAAAGGCCGAGCAGCAGGGAGCCUGGCUGAAAGCGGGUCUGGCACACUUGCCGGCCACCCAUCUCUCCCAGAAACAGGCGGCGCAGGUGGUGGCCGCGUUUGUUGAUGGAAUCAGUGGUCUUGUGACCAGCGAGGGCAUCGAGCUGAGUAUCCCCGCCGCCUUCGACACCCGAGCCGUGGAGACGACGCGCCUCGUGUAUUUGGGACCCGAGCUAGUUCCUCACUUGCCCGAGGUGGCAUGCAUCUACUCCAGACUCCACUUGCGGCUUCUGCAGGGCUUAGGCUUCACACCAGAUCUCCGGUCUGGCAACGCGAGACGAUCGAGCCAUGUUAAGAUCAGAGUUGGAUUUGUGUCAGGAUUGUUUACAGAUAGCGCGGUUGGCAACCUUGCGAGAGGCAUCAUUUGGCCUUUGCCGUCGACUCUGUGGGUCAGUGUGAUUUCUUUGGGACGAUUGGAGCGGAAGGCAGGCAACGAUUCCACUCGAGUAGUGGUCAAGGCACUUCUGGAGCGGGCUGAUCACGUAGAGGAGCUGAAUUGGGAGCCUGCUUCACCCGGAACAGUUCGGGAGCUCCAGAACGCAAGGGCCCAAAUUACAGCUUUGGACUUGGAUUUUUUGGUGUUCCUGGAAAUCGGUUUGGAGGUGCGGAGCUUCGUGUUGGCGCACAGUCGCCUGGCGCCUUUGCAGCUGGUGACCUAUGGUCAUGCCUCCACCACCGGCAUUCCCACGGUCGACUUCUUCGUGAGCCUCCGAGCCUUUGAGCACGACACGGCGGCGCAGGCACGGUACUCGGAGCAGCUCCUUACGUUGCCUGGGUUGCCGUACUUCCUCCCCAGCACAGUUGAGCUGGAAGAUCUGAGCGACCGGCAAGCCCAGUGGAAGCUUUGGCGUGGGAUGCUGGAGGGGGUCGAUGGCAGCUGCCAACUGAGCCAAAGGCCUAUGCGGGUCUUCCUGGUCGCGCAGACAUUGUACAAGGUGGUGCCUGAAUUUGAUGAGGCGCUAGUGGCAAUUCUGUCUGCUGAUCCGAGGGCCGUUGUUGCGAUUCGAGUGGGUCACCCACAGCCAAGCAUACAUAGGCGCAUCGCCCGGAGGCUUGCAUCCCAACUGGAGCCCUCUGCCAUUGACCGGCUUUGCUUCCUACCAAUGCAGAAUGCCACCGGAUACUUCUGGAUUCUGAGGCACGCUUCGGUUCUUCUUGAUACUUUCCCUCACGGUGGCCACACCACAACUUUGGACACCAUAAGUGUGGGCGCUCCCCUCGUCUUCCUCGCCUCUGCCCACCUCGCCGGGGGCUUUGCCGCUGGCCUCUACGACGCCUUGGACGGGGAGGAGGGAGAGGCCCUGGCCUCUGCUUGCUGCGCGGCGAGAACGGUGGCGGAUUACGUGGAGAAAGCGCUGCGCCUGGCCAGGGAGGCGGCAUGGCGGAAGAAGGUCUCUGAAUGGAUCCGACGUGCUGCGCCGAAGCAUGUGUUUUACCGCACUGAUGCAGCCGAAGCCUGGGCAAACCUUUUCCUCACCCGGAAGCCUCCGUUGGACCACAAUUGUGUGCAAGGGGACCAGCUCUGGGAGUAUUUGCAGCAGCCAGAUCAAUUUUCCUGGAAGCUUUUCCCUGUCAUCCUCCGCCCUCGCAGCUGGUUCAGCAUCUCUGAACCCGAGCCAGAGUCCCUGGUGAGCCACCAAGCCCUGUGGCCACGACAUUAUGCUCAAGCCAAGUUGGGCAUUCAGGUCAGCGAAGUCUUUGUGACUGAUUUGGCCGGUCAUGAUGGAUUGACACCUACGUUCUGUUGCACUGCACUGCCUGCGGCUGAUGUCUUGGAAAUGGCUCCCCAGAUGAAGAGCAGAGUACGUGACGGCUCGUGGUACCUGGGUCUUGCCCAGCAUUCUGGCAGACCGGAGUUCUUCGCAAUCUACCUCCUCACUCCAAGCCUGCAGCUGGCUGCGCUCUCUGUAGAGUUCUGCUUGGCACUGAACCGCUCCGCUGGAACGCCAGUGAGGUGUGGUUUGGGCCCCUGCAGUGCCCCCGCUUGGAUCCGCGUGAGCCGAGAUGCGACUGGCACCCUGAUGCUCCAGUUCAUGCAGGCGGCGCUUGGCGCAUCGCUCCCAGGGAGUGUGCUCGCAGCGCUGCUGCACCCGCUGCAUGCUACGGAUUUGGGGCCAGAGCUUCAUGCCGACGGCUUGCGCUGA